AUGGUCUUAUACAAAAGAAAACAGGUCCAUUUCGUAAGGCCUCCCCCUGUGCCCAAGUAUCUCGAUACAGAAAUCUACAUCAUUCCCCAGACGAAAGAGUGGUUUUAUGAAUAUGACGACUACAUCAAAAGACUCGACUACUACCAUCGCCGAAAGUUUGUGUGUGAAAUCACCGGUAAUUCGUGUUUGACUUUCUUUGAAGCAUAUGAUUCGGAGAAUAAGGAGAUCAAGGACGUUGAACGCAACUUUCCAGAGGCCCUUCGAGAGCAUAUCCUAAGGUUCCUCCAGUUCAACAGAAUCUCUCGUUUGGACCAGCUCGUCGACAAAGUGUACCUGGUUUUCAAGAAUGAGUACUUCCCAGGUGAGGUUAUCUUCGUGAAAGUGCUCACAGGAAAGCCAGAAAACCCCGAAACUGGAGAAGCGCCUUCAGUGUCGUCCAGAAAGCAAAGAGGUACCAUCAGAGAGAAAGUUCAGUAUGCCAAUCCUGACGACACUAAAUACUUGGUCUCAAUUAUGACAGAUGGCAGCCAAAUCAUCGCCACGAACAAUCAAAUCUCCCGUGACAGAAACCACUUCACCAAGUGGUUGAUCAAGACUUUCGUGAAACUUUCUGUGACCCGCUCGCAUAAGGUUGGUGCCCCAUGGGUCGUGAAGCAGAAGUAUGCUAAAAAGUACCGUAUUCCACAAGAAUACCCCGAUGAUUUGAAGUCAUUUGCAUCUACUACACCUAGUGGCGAGAUUCUCUAUGAAGAGGACCUUACGAAACUUAAGUCACCUACACCCCAGCUGACUCCAGAAAUUGUCACAUCCAAGCUGAAGAAGGCACCAAAGAACAAGUCCUUGAAGAAGAAGGCUACUUUGAAUGCUGCUAAGGGCAUGGAACACAUCGAAUUGAUCACUGUUGAUGAGAUCAAGGAGCCUAAGCAGCUUGUCAAAGACGGACCUAGAAGAAGAUUUGCACCUUAUCAUAUUCCAGCAUUGGUCCGUAAGGAGCUCGACGAUCACGAGCUGCUUUCACUCUCUUCCAUCCAGCCGUCGAAGAAGACCAUGGUCAACGACCUCCAGCUCAGCUUCGAUGUGCAAAGUGCAAAACCCAUUCCUUCAGAGCUUCGUCUCCCAGAAAAUGCAGAGCAGCUUCAGAAAGAUGCAACCGAGCAUCUCAAUAAAGUUGUGGAGGAGGGACAGAGGGAGAUGGAUGACCAAAUGGACACCAAGGAGAAAAAUCCACAGCAGAUCCUUGUUGAACAAAGAGUCGAGUCCAUGAAGAAAGACCUUGCAGAAUUGUCUACCGGUAGUCUUCGUUUCGUUCAAGAGGCGCUUGAGUGUUGGGCUUUUCUCAACAUAUAUCAUCUGGUCUUCAAUCUAGAUACAUUCACUUUCGACGAUUUCCUUUGCGCUUUGAGCUGGAACUCUGAACAGCUUGAAGAACACGGACGCUGCGAGCUUUUGGACGAAAUCUGGUGUGCUGUACUUGGCGGCUUCAUGUCCAAUCAAAUACCUACCGGCAAGGAUGCAAACAGGGAUGACUCCGACUACCUGAACUUAUUCGGUCUACAGGUUACUCUUCCUCCGAAGACAUCGCUUCUUAGGCCACAGGUGAAGCAGGGUGACAUUGAUGUCGACGACGAUGAAGCCAGAGGCUCCGAUAGCGAAGACGGAGGCAGGACUUUGAAAAGUGAGGACGAGGCUUCUGACAAUGAAUCCGAAUCACCCAAGGCCAAGGGUAAACCCAAUAGUAAUGGAUCUGCUAAAAAGUCUGAUGGUGAGGAAGCAAAUGGGUCCAGCAGCGAGAAGGAAGAGGACGAAGAGGAUGAGAGUGAUGAAGAGGAAGAACCAACUGAUCACCUUGCGCAUCAAGUGAAGAACUACAGAAGCACAAAGUGGCAUGACAGACUCAGAAAGCGUAAUUUCAAGGACGGUAAUUGGCAAGUCAUUCUCCUCGGAGUCUUAUCGAUGGUCGAGUACAUCCCAGCAUACGAGGAAACUAUCAAAUCUGUUUACAGAACGCUUGCUCCGAUACUGAUCCAGCCGGCGAAUACUUCAACAGUUUUGAAUCAAUUUUACAGCUCGAUGAGUCUUGACUUGCGAAUCAAGACAUUGCACAUCUUGACCACGUUGUUGAUCAACGGAACGUUAGUCAGAAGCUACAUCGAUGACUGUCUUGAGCAAUCCACCUCCUUGAGGCGUACACGUCUUGAUGUUAUUCGUGAUUAUAGAGAUGCAUUGAGCACUGCAACCAAGGCUCACACCGCCAUUUUUGAGAAACUCUUUGAGGCUUUCGACAAUAACAACAAUCCCGAUUUAUGGUCAGGAUUCAACAGAAAGAAGCCAAGAUUCCACACAAAGGGUUACACUCUAACUGAGUAUGAGCAGUCUUUAUAUGACACUGACGAAGAGUUCAAGAGUACUUGGCAGCAAAGAGAUGAAUACAUCGAGAAAAUCAAGACUUUGAAAGAGGACUUGAAGAAGGUCGAAACUCGUCUCACCGAGAUCGACUGUCAAAGGGUGCGUCUCCUCGGAAAGGAUAGACAUUUCAACAGGUAUUGGUGGUUUGAAAACAAUGGUUUACCAAACCUUCAUUUCUCCAGUGGCAUGGAUGAAGAAGAAGAUGGAGAUCACGCAGACGCUGACGAUUAUGAAGUUGAUGAGAAGGAAGAAGUACAGGAGGAGACUUAUCUUAUGGGAAGAUUGUGGAUUCAGGGACCAAGCGUUGCUGAUGUGACUCUUAAUCUUUUGCUGACCCCUAAUGAUAUGAAAACCAUUGCGGAGAACAUUGUGGACGAUAAAGGCCACUUAAAGAAGGAGGAGCUUAAAGACGAACCAGAAGGUAUUGAAGUACACGACUUCCAGGAUGGAGGCGCCCCAGUCAAGGUCAUGAACUUUUCGAAGCUUCCUUCGAGCUACAGGGAAUUGAGUGCCAAGUUUGGUGUUGAGUUUGAUCAAAGUGAAAUAAAGGUAAACGGAACACCAGUUAUUGACCGGUUGGGUGCGCUUCCAGAGACACAAGACGCCAGCGAUUUGGAUCCUAUGCAUAGGAAAUUGAUCGAAGAAGCGCCAUGCCCUCUCACAGCAGGCGUCGACUGGAGAUACUAUGAUGAUGAAGAAAGCAUUGACAAGUUAAUAAGUUGGCUCAAUCCUUGGGGUGUUCGCGAGUCAAGCUUGAAAAAGGAACUAGUAAGAGUCAAGGAUGCACUUCUCACAAGUAUUGCAGCACGCAGAAAGGCGCUUUGGUUGGAUGGUGUACCCAAGAAUGAGAGCGAAGAUAUAAACACUCAAAUUGGGGAAGUCGAAACCAGAAUCGAUCAGUUGAAGGAUGGAAACCUAAUUGAUAAGUCUGAUUUUGAAGAUGAGUUGGUCAACGGUACUAAGAAGCGUACGAACAGGCAAUCCUCAGGUCGCCCAAGCAAGCGUCAGAAGUCACCAGAAGAAACAAUCAAAUCUGGCUCGAUAGAGGAGCUCAACGAACUUCACGCCAAAUUGAUUCACGACAAGCAAAACAAGAAAACAGAAAACCAAGUCACGAGAGUGCUUGAAUGGGUCAAUUCAAAGGCUAACGACGCCUUUGACAAGACGCUCUACGAAGGCGGUGACAAGGCUAAGCCUAAGCCUAAAAAAUCACGCAAGUAA